AUUUGCCGGAGGCAGAAGGGAGCCGGAAAAAAACGUCAUAAGGCCUUCUCGCGACUUGCUCCGCGACCCGGUCUACACGGCCAACCACCCCCACCCUCUUCAAGAGGUGUCCAUCAAAUCCUGUACAACCCCUCAUGAUUACCAGCUCCCACAACCGUAAUCAUGGGGAGAAUUAAAAAGGUCGCGAGCCAGAAACAUGAAGCCACGAUCUCACCAUAUCUAGCGGAAUUCAUCACUCGUGCUACGACUAUCUCGAUCCCCGAGCUCCCCUCGCAUCUCAACAGCUUCUCUCGUCUAUGGCCCUUCCCCAGAGGCGACUUGUAUCAUUGGAUCAACGUUCUCAACCGAUUCGAUGAGAUUCUUGCAUCUGUAAUUGAAACCUAUACCCUCAACCAAGGCCCGCAGACCAAGUCAUUCCGCAGAGACUUCUUGGUACAGUGCUAUGCGGCAGGUGACAAUGCUGAAGCUUCAGAGGAUGUCGAUUCCAAGCUGGAGGCUCUUCAGUAUGGGCCUGAAGGAGAUAGGGAGUUGCUGGAGGUGAUCAUCGACUUUUCCCGGCUCUUGCUGGAAAAAUGCGGCAACCGCAGCCUGUAUGGCAGCAGUGAACGCCUCGGAGACCUUCUCAACACCACAUCGCCUUCCCUCCUCCAGUCGACUCUACGCCUGUCGCUCUGUCUGGCACAGAGGUAUCAUUCACGUCAUCGGGGUGGCUCCCAUCUUCAGCAGAGCUUGCUAGCAGCUCACUACAAUAUUGACUUGGAGAAAUUGCAAAAGAUCGCUGCGCCGUUCCCUCGUCCUUCCGUCCCUAACAUGACUGGGGUGUCGCCUGCUGCUGGAGUUAAGGUGAAGGAGAAAGGACCCCAGACUAAACACAAUGCGAAUGAUCUAGUCACCUUGACACGCGAGAAUGACAGCUGGGAUGAGUGGGGAAACGUGCGGCUGCUUUAUUAUCCAUCUGGAACAUCGGAGCCAGCAAAGGCGUUAUUUGAAGCCGGUAACGGCGGCCCUUCAGUGCAGCCCCCUACUACCCCAACACCGCUGCGUAGGAGUCAUACUCACCCCACACCGCGCUUGAGUCGUCUGUCCACUACCGAGGAAUCACCCAGUUCUGUGAUCGCCACCCCUGCGAAGCCAGACGAAGCGCUACGAGGCGGGACGAAUCUUGAUAUUCCUUACUCAAAGAUCUCAUCGUCCAAGGCUGAAGAUCUUGUGGCGGCACAUGUGGGAGAGGUUCCAGAUGAGUCCAAGUAUGAACUACUACACAAAAUCCGCACUGCUCAAGGAUUGGCAACAUCUCGAGCCAGCAGAGAGCAGAUCUUGGCUACCCGAAUCCUUGCCCUCACCAAUCUGGCUUAUGUAUACCCUGAGCCGCUGUUCCAACAGAAGAUACUUCAGUAUGAUAUGGAGCAGCCCAAGCGUCUCCAGCUUGCUUUUCAAUUAGCCGAACUUGUUCAUCUUGGAGCGAGUGGUGAUUUGGAAGUCUCACGGACUGUGCAGACAUUGGCGCUCCAAGCCCUUGAUGCCCUUGCGAAACACAAGGCUCGUGCUAUUGACGUUUGUGCUGCUUUAAGUGUGAAUGUGAAUCAUGGUGUUUUGAUGUUUCUCACCCGGAAAGUAGUCAACGAGCUGGGCGCUGAGGACAAUGAGCACGAUGACGGUAGCCAGGAUGAGUGGCGGGAUGCUUUGCUUGCCUUGUUGCGGACGCUGCCCGGUUCGAGCUCCAGGACUCCCGAGACCCUUGUUUCCGCCGGUUUGAUCCCAAUGUUCGUGGAUGUCUUGAAGCUACGGACUGAAAAGGCCCGCCGUGUCUACUCCAGGGUCAUGGAAUUCCUGGAUACCUUCGUCCACGCAGUUCGUGAUGCACUUGGUACUCUUACUAGUUCGAAGGGAUUUGAUGCAAUCUCAGACUUGAUCGAUCAUGAAACCAAAUCUUCUUUCGAGCAUGUAAAACAAGGAACAGGACUUCCCCCGCAGCACAAGACACCUUCUAUUGACUAUCAAAUACCUUAUUUCCAGCAACAAACCCUUCGUUGGAUGUUCCGUUUUGUCAAUCACAUCAUGCAACACAAUGGCGGUGGCUUUGACCGUGUCCUUCGAAACCUGAUCGACUCGCCUCAGCUACUGACGUCCCUGAGGCUGGUGCUUGAGAAUGCCCGGGUGUUUGGCUCUCAUGUCUGGAGCAAUGCAGUCAAUAUCCUCAGCAGUUUCAUCCAUAACGAGCCCACCAGUUACGCAGUCAUUGCUGAGGCUGGACUUAGUAGAAGUCUGUUGGAAGCAGUCACGUUCUCCGAGCUGAAGGUCGCUGAAAAGCCAGCAGCCGAGGUAGAGGAUGUCUCCGCUGGAGUUGAGCCUUCAACUGCCACAAGUAUUGGAGCAUCUGAAACCAAAACGAACAAGGACAAAGCCCCCCGAGUCUAUAGCAUUGCACGACCGAAAAAUGCGCGACUGGCUCCAGGGAUUAUGUCUGCCGCAGAGGCUCUUUCUUGCGUGCCUUCAGCAUUCGGAGCCAUUUGCCUUAAUUCAUCAGGAUUGGACCUGUUUCAAUCGUCUCAUGCUUUGGAGAGCUUCUUCGAAAUAUUCGAGAACCCGGAGCAUGUGAAGUGUUUGAAAGACGAUCCUAAUCUGGUCCGCUCCUUAGGCACUACCUUUGACGAGCUCGUGCGUCACCAUCCAGCGUUGAAAUCUCAUGUCAUGACUGCUGUCAUAGUGAUGGUCGCCCGUGUGGGGCUUCUUUGCAAAUCUAAAGCCUGGUCACAUGGUAUGGGAGCGAAGUUGUGGACGGAAGGCCAGCAGGGCAAGCCUGUUCUUGCGGGAUCAACUUCUCAUCUUUUGAACGCGAUCGGAGGUGAAGUCCAAGACAUUUCUGAUGCUCAGUCUUCGCUUGGGGUUCCGUAUCUGAACUCCGACCUGCUUCCGAACGGCGGAAAGUUACAGGUUGGCGACCUAAGUCAGAUUCUGCCGAACUCAGACGACGAACUUGAACCCAAGGAUACAGAUGAUAGUGGUCUUACGGCUACAGACUACCUCUAUCCUGUUGUUCGAUUUUUGGGUGCGUUCUUUGAGAACCAAGCCAACUGCACAUCUUUCAUUGAGUCCGGCGCCGCGGAGUUCAUCCUGGACUUUGCGAUGCUGCAGAGCCUUCCCUUCGAUUUCCAUAAUACGGAGGCCAAUCAAGAGCUUGCUGUUCUCGUGCACAUGCUGGCAGAAACCAAACCCCAUGUGGUCGUACCAUCGCUUCUGCAGCGGACCGAGCGAGCGAUCGACAGGCUCUCUGAUUUCUGGCAGGAGUCCGAGAAUCUUCGCAAUGGCUUCUUCAGUCCUUUGAUAAGGCAAUCGUCUCAGUCUGGGUCGGAGGAACAGGGCAAAGCGGCGCUUCAUCCCGUUUUGACGAAUGGGACCUAUCUGGUCAAGCACAUGGGUGCGGCUCUUGUUUUGACAGACUUCCUUCGCGAAAUAUUCUCCAUGCCCUUGUACCAAUCUCGACCAAGUCUACAGCUCCCUAUCUUCGUUCAAGUGAAUCUAGCCGACCACUAUUGUUCUCUUGUUAAGAAACUGGGAGGGCUGCAUGCCGCUUGUGUUUGGGAGGAGAUUUUGCUCGAGAAGAACAUACCUGAUACUUGGGAUCAGGCCACGAAAGUACACCAAUCUGGCGCUAGUUCUUCCGAGAAGUCUACAGAUGCUCAGGCGCAGCCAACUCCCGGCGAUGGUGCUCAUGGCCCCAGCGGGGACUCCCAAGUCGAGAGCUCAGCUGCCAGCGAUACUGCUCAAGUAGGUGGUGCGCAGGAGACAAAAGUGAGCUCGCCCAAGGCACCUGAUAACGGAGUGGCUUUCAAGAAUGCGCAAGCUCUUCGCUACCUCUUGAGCUCGUUGCCCUCCUCUAUUACGGGAUUUUUCCACAAUCUAGGUCUUGGUCUAAGCGGAAAGAAGAGAUACGAUCAAUACCAGAAAUCGAACGCAACCUCGGUGGCCGAGGCUAUUGCGCACGCUGUGCUUGAGCAGUUGCAGUUCCAGCCUCCGAAAUCAAGUCAGAGCUCGAAACUACGCUUCGCUUACCUCAUAGUCAUACUCUCUUCAUUCUCACACCUGCUUUUCGAGGUUACGCCAGAUCGUCCACAUGCACACUAUUUGACAAUGGUGCUAUUCGCAUUCAAAAGACUCCAAGGCUUGAAAGCGAUGAAAGAUAUUUGCGACCUCUUUGUGCAAGAAGUGAAGGCGCUCACGCCACCCGAAAAUGUUCCAGAGUCUGAGACGGAUGUCUCUGCGAGACUCACCUCUGCAUACGGUGGUAUCAAGAUUAUUCUUGGUUUCUUCUCUGAGCUCGCGUCAGGCAAGAAUAUAAUCGACUCUAGCCAAACCCAAGCAAUGACAACAAGCGGUGAUCGGGACCGAGACCGACCAGAUUACUUUCAACCAGCCCAGUUCCUUGUUGACCUCCGGAUGGAAAUCUUGCCAAUGGCUCGUGAAAUGUGGAAUUCUGAUUUCGCGACUCAGUCGUCUAGUUCUGUGGUCAAGUGUCUGAUUGAUAUCUUACGCUCCUCGCUGGAUGGAGAGCAUGAGGCGGGAGCAGCUCGACAAUCCGAUACACCGCCUGCCUUGGUUGACGUAAGUCGACGAGCCUUUGUCAUAGUCAAGGAUCGCUUCAAUGGACUCUUGGAGAAAGGCUUCGACAGCGAUCUUGCGAAGGAGGCAAUGUAUCGAUGCUACAACCAGCUCGGCGCUGCCGAAGAAUACUGUAGGGCACAAAGCUGGUUGCGGGCCCCGGAAAGAGCAUCGCCGCCACCUAACGACAUCGAGUCUAUCCGUUCGUUCUUGUCAUCCGAAGGCGAGCCAGCUGAAGAUGCUGCAAGUGACUCUCCGUUCGGCAGCAGCGGGAUGCUCGGUGGGUCUACGCUUGCCAGGCUUUUGCAACAGGCUUCGAGCCGACCGACAGACGACGGAUCACGUCAUGAGCAGAAUCAAGAUAGAAACGAAGAGAGUGAAGUCAGUGCUGGCACGGAAUUCUUAGCACGAGCACUGACUCAUAUCCUUAACGACGAGCACGGAUUAGGGGAUGACGGCCGUGGACAUCCCUCAAGCAUGAUCACACGCAACACUUCAGCUGCUGAAGGCAGUCUUUCCGGACCCUCAAAUCAAACAGCCCCUCAAUCUGCUGAGCAGCGUUCGGAACAGCCGACAAGGCGACGCGAGGUGGUCACCAUCGAAGACCUGGACAAAGAACGUGAGAAGGUUCGAUCAAAUUUGAUUGAGCGCUGUUUGGACGUUCUCAACGAGCACCACGAUGUGUCUUUCGAGUUGGCCGACCUCAUCGCGUCUGCUACCAGGAAACAUCGCGAUCCAGAAAGCUUCCGAAGAGAGGUUGGCGAGAUCUUGGUUCAGUCCCUAGUCUCACUACAGAUGGAUAAUUUCCAGGCAGCUGGCAAGAAGGUAGCCGCCUAUGCUCAUCUUCUUGCUUUGGUUGUCCAAGACCGCGACAUGUACAAUGCUGCCUUGGGAGAGCUCAAAGCUUGUUUCUCGACCUUCCUUGGGUUUAUCCAAGUAACUCCAGAGAGAACCACGGAUGAAACGUUCCCCUGGAUCGGGCAUGUAUUGCUUGUCCUUGAAAAACUGCUUUCAGAUGACUGUCAGCCUCCUCAGAUUCGCUGGACAUUACCGGGCAACGAUGUUGCAAAUGCAGACGACGAGACACCUGCUCACCUGGAAGAUGCGCUUGUUUCACCAGACCAGAAGAUGCAAUUGUUCGAGGCAUUAGUCGAAGUCCUGCCUAGGGUUGGGAAAGAUGACACUUUGGCUCUUUCCAUUUGCCGAAUUCUCGUGAUCCUCACUCGGAGCCGCAACAUCGCCGUCCGCUUAGGCGAGAAGCGCAGCCUGCAGCGAUUGUUCGUCAUGGUCAAGCAGUUGUCCAGUGCCACGAAUGAAAAGUUGCAGGCAGCUUUCAUGUUGAUUCUGAGACAUAUUGUGGAAGAUGAGGACACAAUUCGCCAGAUAAUGAGGAGUGAAAUUGUUUCCAAUUUCGAAGCCAAGUCUGCUCGCCAAAUUGACACCACCGGCUAUGUACGGCAGAUGUAUCAUCUUGUGCUGAGGUCUCCUGAGAUCUUUGUAGAGGUUACCAACGAAAAACUCAAGCUACAGCGAUUUGAUAAUCGGCAACGCCCCCAGGUCCUCGUGCUAAAGAAUGACAAGAACAAUAGCCCACAGACUUCGUCCACAGCUAAGCAAGGAGCCGAGAAUUCGAGCAGCGCUGAGGGUCGGUCCGGCGAGGCGUCAACUGCCGAGGAUAAAGAUAAGCCGAAGGCUACUGAUCUCAAACCACCUGUGGUUGAGAACCCAGAUGGUGUCAUCCACUAUCUCCUCUCUGAGCUCUUGUCUUACAAAGAUGUCGAUGACAAGGAACCCCCAGCCGAAACUGCAGACCCAACUGCUCCAGAUCAGUCCGAGACACAGACCGAUGUUGAGAUGUCCGUUGACGAGCCACUGCCAUCAGUCACUAGUAAUGACGCACAAGGCAGCCGAAGCUCCAAGAAAUUAGAUAAGCCUGUUUUCAAGGCUGAUGAUCACCCCAUUUAUAUCUAUCGCUGCUUCCUCCUACAAUGCUUGACGGAGCUUCUUUCGUCAUACAAUAGAACCAAGGUGGAAUUCAUCAACUUCUCACGCAAAGCAGAUCCUCUCGCAACAACUCCUUCGAAGCCUCGCUCCGGAAUCUUGAAUUAUCUCCUCAACGUCCUCGUACCUGUUGGGACCAUGGAACAUGAUGAAUCCGUUGCGUUCAAAAAGCGCAGCAACACGUCUGCUUGGACAAUGCGUGUGCUUGUUGCUCUGUGCACUAAAACCGGUGAGUUUGGCGGGCCCGGAAGGCGCCGUAACGAGCAGAAUCUCAACGAAGAUGACGAGCCCGAACUCGCCUUCGUCAGGAGGUUCGUUCUGGAGCAUGCGCUACGAUCUUACAAAGAGGCGAACACUUCAAGCGAGCCAUUGGAUGCAAAGUACUCCAGAUUGAUGUCUCUUGCGGAUCUGUUCGACAAAAUGCUCAGCGGGUACGCAUUCGUCUCAGGGGACUCGGCUUUUCCAUCGUCUACCAGGCAGCUAGCGAAGACCAUGUUCGAGAAGCAUUUCAUUUCUGCCCUCACCGCCUCGGUCGCAGAGAUCGAUCUCAACUUCCCGGCAUCUAAACGGGUCAUCAAGUAUAUCCUACGGCCUCUAAACAAACUCACACAAACAGCGGUCAUUCUAAGCGAAACGUCAGAUAUAUCUACCCUAGGCGAAACCGAGGACGACGAGAUCUCAUCGGCCACAUCGGUAUCGGAUAUUGAGGAGGACCGUGAAGAGACCCCUGACCUGUUCCGCCAUUCUACGCUUGGCAUGCUGGAGCCUCGUCAUGAAGAAGAAACGAGCUCUGAAGAGUCCGAGGAGGAAGAUGAUGAAAUGUAUGACGAUGAAUAUGACGAAGAAAUGGACUACGACGAUGAAUUGCCAGAAGAUGAUGGCGAGGUGGUGAGUGAUGAAGAUGAGAUUGAGGGCAUGGGGCCUAUUGAGGGUCUUCCCGGUGACAACGGCAUGGACAUCGAAGUCGUUCUUGAUGACGACGAUGACGAGGAAGAUGAUGAAGACGACGAGGACGAUGAUGAGGAUGACGACGUCUCUGAGAUGGAUGAUGACGAUAUCCUUGCAGGUGAAAUCACUGGUGACCAUGACAACGACAGUCUGGAGGAAGGAGAUGAGGACGAAUGGGAAAGCGAAGACAUGUCUGAAGACGACGAGGAAGCUGAGAUCAUGAAUCAGUUCGAAGACGAGCUAGAUGGUAUCAGACAAGCCGAUCAACGUGGCGAUGGACAGCGGUUUGAUGACUUGUUCCGAGUCCUCAACGAGGCUGCCGGUGGCGUUGAAGGUUUGCAAGCUGAUAGCCUUGACGACAUGCAUGACGAUAUGGUCGACGAUGAGUUGGCGGAAGAUGAAGACGAUGAGGAAAUUGAUGAAUUAGAGGAGGAACUCGAGGAUGCCGAUGAUGAUCAAGGCUCCUAUCAAGGGUUCGACGACGAGGAUGAUCUCAUUGACCCAUGGGGCUGGGACGGUGACGAUCACCCUCCCCGCGGCCAUCACCACCGAUUCCGUGGCACUCAACCAGCCUGGGCUGCUGUCACAGGAAUUGUUCCCAAUCGCCACGGCAUUGUUCCUAUUCCGCCAUACCGGCUUCACCGAACACAAGUUCCCACCCGAGGGGGCGCUGACGACGGAACGAAUCCUCUUCUUGUUCGUACUGACCGUGGCUCUGACGCUACUGGCCAACCUCGCGGGCCCGGUAAUGAGGCAUUCACUGAUUGGGUCCAUGGCAUGGAGCCUGUAUCAACGGGCCGUCUUCUCCCCAUGGACAGUCCUGUGAGCUUCAUGAAUGCAAUCAUGCAAGCCAUCGGGAAUCAAGGAGCUCCUGGAUUUGGUGUUGUCACUCGUCCGGAUGGUAUCCAUGUUCAUGUCGACCGGCGCGCUAUUCUUCCUAGCCGUAUUCAAGACAUUUUCGGGCUCGGUCGACAGCAGACCGCACCUUCUCGGUCUAGAGACGAUCCCUCCCAGGCUGUGAGCUUCGCUUUAGCCCCUACCAGGACCCGGUGGCAAGAGGAGGCUCGCAUCCUGUUCAGUAACAACUACGUCGAGAAGACGCAGCGCGUGAUUAAUUCGCUCCUGAAGGUUCUGGUCCCACCAGCCAUUGAGGAAGGAAAGAGACUUGAGAAACAGGCAGAAGAAGAACGCAAGCGGAAGGAAGAAGAACGUGCAGAGCGUGAGCGUCAAGAGCGUAUUGCACGCGAGCAAGAGGAAAAAGAGCGCAAGCAAAAGGAAGAAGAAGAGAAUGCCCGGAGGCAGCAAGAACUUGAGCGUCAGGAAGCAGAGCGCCGGGCCGCGGGUGUUGACACAGAGCCAAUGGACGAUGUGCAGCAAACCGGUGCAGACGCCCAAGCUGCUGAGCCAGUCCAAGCGGAAUCAGGUCCAUCGGAGCCCGCACCUCGUGUGCACACGACAAUCAGAGGACGUCAGGUUGAUAUCACCGGAAUGGAAAUCGACCCCGAAUAUCUGGAAGCCCUACCUGAAGAACUAAGGGAGGAAGUCAUCAUGCAGCAGCUCGCCGAGCAACGUUCCCAAGCUGCUGCAGCUGGCGAGGAGCCCACUGAGAUCAAUCAAGAAUUCUUGGAAGCUCUGCCUCCGGAGAUUCGCGAUGAAUUACUGCAGCAAGAGGCAGCUGAUCGUCGCCGCCGUGAGCGUGACAGUGCACGCAGACAAGCUACGACCGAAGGCACCCAGGUCCACGCCGGCGAGAUGGAUGUACCCGAUUUCUUCGCAACCCUUAAUCCCUCUUUGCGACAGGCUAUCCUUGCUGAUCAACCUGAAGAAGUCCUUGCGACCCUGGGUCCGGAGUUUGUCGCUGAAGCUCGUGCUUUGCCCGGCAGACGUCUGGAGCAAUUCGACGAUGUCACCAGAGUUGAGCACCGCCAUAGGAAUGAACCAGCUGAUGAUCAAGAGCCGAAGAAACAGCAGCGGCGUCAAAUCGUCCAAAUGCUUGACAAAGCCGGCGUUGCUACAUUACUGCGUCUGAUGUUCAUGCCUCUCCAAGGAAAUGCCCGUCAUCAACUGAAUGACAUUCUACACAACGUAUGUGAAAACCGUCAGAACAGGGUUGAAGUCAUCAGUCUCCUUCUUUCUGUCUUGCAAGAUGGAAGUGGGGAUGUUUCUGCCAUUGAACGUAGCUUUGCUCAGCUCUCGCUUCGCGCCAAGCCAUCUUCUGUUCAGAAGACGCCUCAAUCCAUCAAGCGCAACUUUUCGUUCCAGGCCUCAUCGAACGUCAGCAAUGAAGUCACUCCGACCAUGGUGGUGCAGCAAUGCUUGGGAACCCUGUCAUUCCUGUCUCAAUACAAUCCCCAUAUCGCAUGGUUCUUCCUUACGGAGCACGACUCAUCGUCUUCACUAAAGCUCAAGGCGUUCCGCAAAGGCAAGGGCAAGGAGAACAAGGCAAACAAGUUUGCGCUCAAUGCACUGUUGUCUCUUCUCGACCGCAGGCUGAUUAUGGAGAACCCCAACUGCAUGGAGCAGUUAUCCAGUCUCUUGAGCAGCAUUACUCAGCCUCUGACUCUUUUACUUCGACGUGAAAAAGAGAGGCAAGAGGAAGAGAGUAAAGGCAAGAAAUCCGAGCAAGCACAGCCUGAGCAAACCUCUAGCGAGCAGCAGCAAGGCGCUUCUAUGGAACAACCAAGCUCUACCGCAGAUGCCACGAUGACGGAUGCUCCAGUCCCGACGGUCGAGACCACUCAGACGUCGGUACCUACCGAAGAGGGGGCCUCGACUGACGCCAUCACAAGUGACAAGGCAAAGAGUUCGACUGAGGAGGAGAAGCAUAAGAAGAAGGUUAUUGAGCCACCCGUUGUCCCUGAUCAUAAUCUACAAUUGGUGGUGCAUAUUCUUGCAGCCCGCGAGUGCAAUGGCAAGACGUUCAGAGACACGCUGUCUACCAUCAACAACCUGUCUGCUGUCCCGGGAGCAAGGGACAUCAUUGGAAACGAGCUGGUCAGACAGGCUCAAACUUUGAGUACAGUCAUCCUUACAGACCUAGACGAACUGUUGUCGCACAUUCAUCAGGCCCGGACUGGCACUGAUAUGCAGGGUUUGGCAUUGGCCAAAUUCUCCCCAGCCAGCUCCGAUCAGGCCAAACUGUUGCGAGUCUUGACGGCGCUAGACUAUCUAUUUGAUCCCAACCGCGCCGACAAGAUCAAAGGAAUUGAGCCUGAGAACAGUGCUGCCAAAGAGGACGUCAUGCAAACUUUGUACGAAUGUGCCACAUUUGGACCAUUGUGGACCAGAUUGAGUGAAUGCUUGACCGUUAUCCGACAGAAAGAGAAUAUGCUAAAUGUCGCGACGAUUCUUCUGCCUCUAAUUGAAGCCUUGAUGGUCGUGUGCAAGAACACCACGCUGAAGGAUACGUCUAUCUCGCGUAACAGCCGUGAGCUUUCGGUUGCGAGCACUUCAGUAGAUACGGGUCUCAAUAUGGAGAGUCUUUUCUUCAAGUUCACCGAGGAGCAUCGCAAGAUUCUGAACGAGCUCGUCCGUCAGAACCCCCGACUAAUGAGUGGCACAUUCUCGCUACUGGUCAAGAACCCUAAGGUACUCGAGUUCGACAACAAGCGCAACUACUUUACACGACGCUUGCACUCUCGUGGUGCGGAGCCUCGUCAUCCUCACCCGCCUCUCCAGCUGUCUGUUAGACGUGAUCAAGUUUUCCUCGACUCAUUCAAGUCUCUGUAUUUCAAGACGGCGGACGAGCUCAAGUUUGGAAAAUUGAACGUGCGCUUCCAUGGUGAGGAGGGUGUCGAUGCAGGUGGUGUGACUAGAGAAUGGUUCCAAGUCCUCGCGCGUGGCAUGUUCAACCCCAACUACGCUCUGUUCAUCCCUGUUGCUUCGGACCGAACUACGUUCCACCCUAACCGCCUAAGUGGUGUCAAUUCCGAGCAUCUCAUGUUCUUCAAGUUUAUUGGACGGAUCAUCGGCAAGGCCUUGUAUGAAGGCCGCGUCCUUGACUGCCACUUCAGUCGCGCAGUCUACAAGUGCAUUCUCAGUCGGUCAGUGUCUAUCAAGGACAUGGAGACUUUGGAUCUCGAUUACUAUAAGUCUCUUCUGUGGAUGCUCGAGAACGAUAUCACAGACAUUAUUACCGAGACGUUUGCUGUCGAGACGGAUGCCUUUGGUGAAAAGCAGGUAAUCGACCUUAUUGAGAACGGUAGCAACAUCCCCGUCACCGAAGAAAACAAGGAGGAAUACGUACAACGUGUCGUUGAUUAUCGUUUGAUUGGAUCCGUCAAGGAGCAACUAGACAACUUCCUAAAGGGUUUCCAUGAGAUCAUUCCUGCCGAUCUGAUUUCAAUCUUCAACGAGCAGGAGCUCGAGUUGCUGAUCUCUGGUUUGCCUGAAAUCGACGUUGACGACUGGAAGGUCAACACUGAAUACCACAACUAUUCAGCCUCUUCGCCGCAGAUUCAAUGGUUCUGGCGUGCUGUCCGCUCAUUCGACUUGGAAGAGCGGGCCAAACUCUUACAGUUCGUCACGGGCACGAGUAAGGUACCAUUGAACGGCUUCAAGGAACUGGAGGGUAUGAAUGGAGUCAGCCGAUUCAAUAUCCAUCGGGAUUACGGCAACAAGGAUCGCCUGCCAAGUUCCCACACGUGUUUCAACCAACUUGAUCUGCCCGAGUAUGAGAGCUACGAGACUUUGAGGCAACGCCUGUACACGGCGGUGACUGCCGGCAGUGAAUAUUUCGGGUUUGCAUAAAAUGACGGCGCUCAUCUAUCU